GGGCGGACGCAGCGCAUGUGUUCAGAAUGGGAAAGACAGCUCACAAUUCUCAUGUCAAAUCGAUCCCAGCUCGAGAGGUGUGCGCGCGGGGGAGCGCAACUAUCAUUCUACCAUCACCAUCACUCGAGCAUCUCUCCAGCGGCUAGAGAACCCGUCUGACGGGCAUUGGUGGGGGACCAUUGUCAAUAACACAAUGAACUAGUGUUGAACGUUUAGAAAACAUUAGUCUCUUUUCGCUCUUUUGGAUGUAUUCACUUUUGGUUACUUUUUUCUGUCAUGAAUGAUUUACCUCUCCAUCUCUAUGGCACUGUCUUCUUUUGGUUUCCGCUGUUAUGGGACGCAGUAAGAUACUGUAACUAGAGGGUGGAUCCAGUCGGUAACCAAACUCAGACAGCUCACCCAGCUCCAGCGGUACCCGGAUAAGCUGUAGCCCACCCUGCUGCUUGCCUGAUUGUGGCCGGCUUCGCCAGAUUGGCAGGCAGCUGUAAGGAUUGGUUUAUAGUCCUAAACCGGAUUCAGUGAAGUGAAGAAAAAGUAACACAGCAAGAGUGCUAUCCCCCGGAUUCCUAAACAAUUUGAUUAUGCCAUCGGUUUUUAUAGAUUUAGGGGCCGGUGCUGUAUGAGAGGAGAAAGAGGAAGAGGUGGAGAACGUGUUUGCCAUGACAGUGACCCUUAUCUCAUAGAGAAUCCUACUCAGAGCAAGACUGACCAGAAAGGAGGACAGAGAGGACAGGAAGGAUGAAGUUGUGGGGGAGCUCAGUGUGGCCUUUGCAAGUGGCCCUCCUUUUCGCCGUGGUGAUGUUCUGCGGUUGCCCGGUGUCCACUGGCAGCCGUAACCAUCGGGGACAGACAGCCUCCUACCAGGUGAAGCAGGGGACGUGUGAGGUGGUGGCCAUCCACCGCUGUUGUAAUAAGAACAAGAUUGAGGAGCGUUCUCAGACCGUCAAGUGCUCCUGUUUCCCAGGCCAGGUCGCUGGCACAACCAGAACCAGGCCCUCCUGUGUGGAAGCCUCCAUCGUGAUUCAGAAGUGGUGGUGUCAGAUGAACCCCUGCAUGGAGGGAGAGGAGUGUAAGGUGCUCCCUGACCUUACCGGCUGGUCCUGCAGUACUGGGAACAAAGUCAAAACCACCAAAGUCACACGAUAGCAAGAGAAUCGCUGAGCAGUGACAUCACCAAGUCUCUCAACUGUUAACUCCAUAUGUAAAGAAAGGAUGGCAAUCAUAACUGAGACACUUAGACUGACGAUGAAGGGAAGACUGUUAGUCAUCCCCUCAUACCAAGCUGUGACAAAAACUACAGAACCAUUAAGAACAAACUCUGAUUGACAGAGACACUGAGGUAAAGUGUCACACGUACAGCCCAAAACAACUAUGGACUACCGACUUUAUGGAUACCCAAGGGGGCAUACUUUAUGGAUACCAAGGGGGCAUACUUUAUGGAUACCCAGGGGCAUACUUUAUGGAUACCAAGGGGGCAUACUUUAUAGAUACCCAGGGGCAUACUUUAUGGAUACCCAGGGGCAUACUUUAUGGAUACCCAGGGGGCAUACUUUAUGGAUACCCAGGGGGCAUACUUUAUGGAUACCCAGGGGGCAUACUUUAUAGAUACCCAGGGGGCAUACUUUAUGGUCAAUAAAGACUACGUCUGAAGACUUUCAAGAAGACCAUGUCGGAAGACUUUUGCCUGUUAAUAGAGAUGGGGAGAUCCAAAGAGAGGUCGUUUUGACCAGUGUCUGAGGAGUUGUAAUGGAUGGCUGUUUUGACUAAGCAUUUGUGGACAUGUGUUGUCUGCAGAAAGACUGUGUUAGAGUGUGAUUCUAGGGUUGUUGGACUGGAUCCUGAGUCUUGCUGCUCUAUCAGGAUUACUUUCUAUUCAUGAGCUGGGAGGGGGUGGAGCUCAUCACUUGUGAAUUGCACAUUAUUGUCAAAUUACUCUUGUGGGUCAAGUCACUACCAUGGAGAUGUUUUCUGAGAGUAAUUUUGCAGUUCUAAUUAGGGUUGCUAAGUAGGAUCAUAACAUAUAAAAAAUUCAUGUAAGAUAUUUGCACUAGUUGAAAACCGUUUUCGGAAUGUUUUGUUUUUCUAGUUUUCUCGUCUUUUGCUGUAGAUGUCACAUGAAAUUAAAGAGAGGAAGAUAUUUUGUAAGAGUUCUGCCUCUGAUGUUGAAGUAGAAAUGCCACUGCCCUUCUCCCUGGUAGAUUUGCUUAUUAUAAUACAAGUUGGCUCAGAUUGAAGGGAUCGUUAACUUUCAACAUAUUUAACUCUAUAGGUCGUUAUCAAUAAAACGUCACAAUACAGUGUAGAGCGUUCGAUUUGGCUAUGUGCUGUUUUCAAGGGAUUGUUAAAUAAAUGUUAUAACUAUUUGGUUUAAAUAUCAUCACCUCCUGAAGAGCAUAGUCAGAACUACAUAUUUCCAAUGAUUCCACAUUUAGAUCUAACAUCAGAGUAGCCUAUCCAUUUGGAACAUAUCUAGCUAGCUAAGCAAACAACAUGUCAUUUUAGCUUGCUUCAUCAGAGAUUAGGCUUUUGGAAAGAGCUUGACAUCGUCCUGGUAAAAUUGUCGGUCGGACUUACGUUACUGCCAUCACCACUAUAGAUGGCAAGCAAAUCAAACAAUAUUUAGAUAUAGCUAGCCAUCUAGUUUAUCCUCUGAAAGUUAGCUUGUUAAACAGCCAUAUUGACAUGAUCUGUUAUUGGCUAGCUAGUCAAUUUGAUGUGGUUCAUCAAUCAAUGUACCCUAUCAUGUCUGUCAGCAGCAAUUGUGAUAAAAACAAUGUUGAAGAGGGGAUAAUGUUAGCUAACUUUGCUAGGUAUGCCUACGUUGGUUGGAAGAAAAGGUACAUUAGGUGUACUUAAUAUUAUGUUUAACAAACUGCACAAAGUUUCUACCGGUAGCUUGCAAAGUUAACAUUAUCAGCUAACAGUACAUCGGCAAAUGUGGAACACACAAAGGAUGGGAAAUUAACCUAAACCACUCAGACUUGUCAGGUAUAGUUCACUUUUAUAUCACUCAAAUAUCCAAUUAAUGUUGGCCAAUAUUGGGAGACAUCGUAAGGCUACCUUCACGUUGGCUAUCUGAAAGGACAUGAUCAAUGAAAAGCAUGCAGUUAUUGCUGUAUAACUUUGUCGAUCGAGAGCUAAAUGUGCGCAAUUGUUUUGCAUGGAAUAAUCAGACAUUUGUAGUUCUGACUAUGUUCUUCAAGAGGUGAUGAUAGUACAACCAAAUAGUUAACAUUUAUUUAACAAUCCCUUGAAAACGGCAUGUGGUUCUCAAUGGUUUUAGCGGAGCUGGGGUCUCCUUGCCCCCCCAGCAGUCCAAAUCGAACAUUCUGCUCCCUUUAUUGUGACCUAUUAUUGAUAGCAACCUACACUUUAAUUCAUUGAGAAGAAGCUAGUAAUCUAGACAUCAAUUGGUCACCGACUCUUUAGAUCAGAAUGUUACUUUCUAGUUAUCCAUAAAAUAAAUGAAAUGUGUCAUUUGAUUUAACUAACCCUAAAGAGCCUUUUAUAGUGCUUGUCACUAACUGUGGACUAGCAACAUGUGCUUCCCAUGUCUCUAGUUCUGUCCAGAAACAUUUGAAAACUGAAAGUCAAUGAUACCCUUGACAUCUCUUAUGUAAACUGUAAAAUAGAGCACCCAUAAACCAUUAAAACAUG